AUGCUUGUUGUUUCUCUUGCUCCAUCUUCCUUCCUCCUCUCUAAUAUUGGUUCCGAGCAGCAAAACGUCGGACUUGUUGCUAUCGUCGCCCUUGUUGUGGCCACUGCUCUGGCCAUUGGCGAGGUGCAUGCCUCGCAUUCAGAUCCAGCUGAUGCACACGCCGAGAUACGCAGCUAUAACAAUGAGCUGAAGCAAGGAGAUGGCAGCUACAAUUAUCAGUUCGAGACGACCAAUGGCAUUGCACAACAGGAGCAGGGUGUGGGCGGUUACUAUGCAUCUGGCUCAUCGCAAUAUUAUACGCCAGACGGACAACUCAUUCAGCUGACAUAUACGGCCGAUGAGAAUGGCUUCCAGCCACAGGGCGAACACUUGCCCACACCCCCACCCAUUCCGGAGGCCAUUCUGAAAUCAUUGGAGUGGAUUCGCAACCAUCCCGAGGAAAAUGACGAGUCCUCUUAUCAUGAACACCAUGACCACCACGAGCAUCAUGAGCAUCAUCAUCAGCAGGAGCAUGUGGGAUUGCCUGUGCCGUAUGACAAGAAGUUUUAA